GAAUGCCGGGCUUAUCUUUCUUCACUCACACACAAUGGCUUCAAAAAGAGCUGUGGCAGCGCUGCGGCCGGCAGUGACCUGCGCUGGUCCACGGUUGUUGAGGGUUGAACACGUGCAAAGGGCCCAAUACACGACUCGCGCACUAUCAAGUCAAGCUUCUCGACCCCGCAAGCUCGCGCAACAACACCAACAGGCGCGAUAUGCUUCGUCUGGAGCAGGGAAGGAAGAACUUGGAAGGACUGGGCUGUAUGAGCUCCACAGCAAGUAUGGAGCCAAGUUUGUGGGAUUUGGCGGCUACUCCAUGCCCGUGCAGUACAGCGACUUGAGCAUCGUCGACUCGCAUAACUGGACCAGAGAGAAGGCUAGUCUUUUUGACGUCGGACACAUGGUCCAACAUCACUUUUCUGGUCCUGGUGCGGAAGCGUUUCUCGAAAGAGUGACUCCGUCCUCGCUUUCAACGCUUCCAGUCCAGCAGUCCACUCUUUCUACCCUGCUUCAUCCCAACACGGGUGGCAUCGUGGAUGAUACUGUCAUUGCUCGCCUCUCCGACAAGUUCUAUGUGGUCACCAACGCCGGCUGCAGGGAAAAGGACACUGCUUACUUCAAGGAGCAGCUCCAAGCAUGGAAGAGCGCGAACCCCGAUAAGCCUGUUGAGUGGAACAUUCUUGACGGGCAGGGUCUCAUCGCACUUCAGGGUCCAUUGUCAGCUGAGAUUCUCUCGCGCGUGCUCGACGACAAGUCGAAAGCCGACCUCAAAUCACUCUACUUUGGCCAGUGCACAUUUGCCACCGUGAAGGGAACCGAUGUCGAAGUGCUUGUUAGCCGCGCAGGCUACACUGGCGAGGAUGGCUUUGAAAUCAGCAUCCCCUCAGCGGCCACCGAAGCUAUCACUCAGUUCCUCCUCGACUCCGCCAAGGAUGAGUUGAGGUUCGCCGGUCUCGGAGCGCGUGAUACCCUGCGCUUGGAGGCCGGCAUGUGUCUGUACGGACACGACCUGGACGACACGACCACACCUGUCGAGGGUGCUCUGUCGUGGAUCAUUGGCAAGGACCGUCGCGCCAAUGGUGGAUUCCACGGCGACUCUGUCAUUUUGCAGCAGUUGAAAAAGAAGUCCGAAGGUGGUGGUGUAUCCCGCCGCCGCAUCGGCCUGAUUGUCGAAGGCUCACCUGCUCGCGAGGGCGCUGAGAUCGUAAACGAGGCGGGCGAGAAGAUUGGCAACAUUACUUCCGGUUGCCCAUCGCCAACGCUCAAGAAGAACAUUUCGAUGGGCUACAUCAAAGAUGGACUGCAUAAGGCUGGCACAGAGGUUGAAGUUGUGGUGCGCGGCAAGAAGCGCAAGGCUGUUGUAGCCAAGAUGCCUUUUGUUCCCAGCAAGUACCACAAGCAACCAACAACAGCUAAGGCAUAAUGGCAUCCUCUCAAUGCAGGCGAUUAUCAGUCUUAAGUCUACGAGGUGUUCAAGAUUCUUGGCCCGGUUCAACGCGCGCCAGACUACUUUCACCUCUGCUGUUGUAUCAAUGCAGUCCAAUAUAUCGAUACCCCUUAACAUCAACAUAAAGAGAGCUUUAGUGUACCUCAAUCUUCGAAAGAAACAGUCCUCAAUGAGACUUAAAGAAGUAUAGCCCUCAACGCGGCACGUAGACAAACGCCCCCUCAACAUGGCUCUGAUAUGGAUACCCUCAAUAACAUACCAUCAUCAAUUACAUCAACCGGCACCACGGCACAGCCACCAUGA